GGCGGAGCUGAGGGGAGGGGAGCGGAGCCGCGCGGCCGGAGGCUGAGGGGCGGUGGCAGCGACACGAUGGGGCAGUGCGGGAUCACCUCCUCCAAAACCGUGCUGGUCUUCCUCAACCUCAUCUUCUGGGCAGCAGCAGGCAUACUGUGCUACGUGGGAGCCUAUGUGUUCAUCACAUAUGACGACUAUGAUCACUUCUUUGAAGAUGUCUACACGCUCAUUCCAGCAGUUAUUAUCAUAGCUGUGGGAACGCUGCUUUUUAUUAUUGGGCUGAUUGGAUGCUGUGCCACAAUUCGCGAAAGCCGCUGUGGACUCGCUACGUUUGUGAUCAUCCUGCUCCUGGUUUUCAUUACCGAGGUUGUGGUGGUGGUUCUUGGAUACAUCUACAGAGCAAAGGUGGAAGAUGAAGUUGAUCAUAGCAUUCAGAAGGUAUACAACGGAUACAAUGGGACAAAUCCUGAUGCAGCCAGUCGUGCUAUUGACUAUGUACAGAGGCAGCUGCGCUGUUGUGGGAUCCAUAACUACACAGACUGGGAGAAUACUGUCUGGUUUAAACAAACUAAGAACAACAGUGUGCCACUUAGCUGUUGCAAAGCAACUCUCAGCAAUUGUACUGGCAGUUUGACCCGUCCAAUGGACCUUUAUUCUGAGGGCUGUGAGGCUCUGGUUGUAAAGAAGCUUCAAGAGAUAAUGAUGUAUGUCAUCUGGGCAGCACUAGCAUUUGCUGCUAUUCAGCUUCUGGGCAUGUUGUGUGCCUGUAUAGUGUUGUGUAGAAGGAGUCGGGAUCCUGCUUACGAACUUCUCAUCACUGGUGGAACCUAUGCCUAGAAGACAAUGUGAACAACGUGGUUCAAUCUUAUCUCACUUUGUGGAAGGUGAAUGGGCCAGGUCUACUGCAAUAGUUUGCUUGUCCUAAGCUUAGUCAGAGCACACCUUUCACAGAUGAGGAGAGCUGUACUGUACACUGGUGACGGGCAAAGCAACUCAGCUUUACACACACCCAUAUAUACCUGUGACUUUCACUGUUCUAGCCAGCAAUUCAUGUAUCUAAAUGUUUUAGUAUACUAGUAAACUUCCUGAUUUCAAAACUAUUUGCAAGUUAAGUGUAAAUUGGCUGAUGUGGAAGUCAAAGGAUGUGUGCCUACUUUGGUAGAAUUACCUCUAAGCAUUAACUGACUGAUUCUUGCAUAGAGAGAGAAUUUGUUAAACCUUCACUACAUGGAACUUUUUUGGCCAAAGCUGUACAAAGGAAGCCAGCUGUAUUUAAUUUGAGAAGUAUUUUAGUCUUGCCCCUCACCAGUGUCACUUUUUAAAAACACUUAAGUGAAGUCCAGUACUCUUUAUAUAUAAAUAGUAAAACAAAAACUAACCAAAAUCUUAGGAUCAUGCGACUGCAGUUUCGACCUUCAGAGAUCAAACCUUUCAAGCAUUAGUGUUUUAAAAUACAAGCUGGCUUUUCAGGAGUAUAAUGUAUGCACUACUGUUCUAUAAUGAAAUAUUUCAUUUUUCUAUGAGGAGCGGUUUUAUGUGUUGAGUGAACUGUUAGAGUGUAGCUCUUAAACUGGUUUGGAAAUAACGUAGCCAUGUAGAGUAGCAAAGUAGUACGUGAAAGUGAUCUCAACUGUAAAUAGUAAACCUGAUUAAAUAAAUCUCUGUAUAUCCGCCCUA